ACAUCUCUCUCUCUGGCUAAGCUGUAAGACUCGGCGGCGGCGGCGGCACCGAGAGAGAAAUUUUCCCUUGAUAACACAUCUCUCCAUCUGAAUCCCCAAUUCCCAUAAGAUCCGAUCUCUCAACCACAACUCAAGAAAAAUAAAAUGGGAAUCAUAUCAUCCACCGAUCCAAAAACGGAGACUUCCGAGCCCAUAUCUCAAACCAACGAAGCUCCAUCAGAGAAACUGAGAGAUUCGUCUACAUCGGAGGAACUGGGAGAUGGUUCAUCCCCGUCGGAGAAACUUGGAGAUUCAUCAUCUGUUUGGAGAGAUCCAGUAGAUUCCGAAUCGGAUCAACAAGGAGAAGGAGAAGGAGGAGGAGACGCAGAGGGUGAAGAGGAAGGAGAGUGUGGGUUUUGCUUGUUUAUGAAAGGUGGUGGCUGCAAGGACUCGUUCGUUGCUUGGGAAGAGUGUGUGGAGGAAGCUGAGAAGACCAAUGAAGAUAUUGUUACCAAGUGUAUGGAAGUCACAUCGUUGCUGAAGAAGUGUAUGGAUGAGCAUUCGGAUUACUAUCAGCCCAUCCUCGCUGCUGAGAAAGCUGCUGAAGCUGAGGUCAAGAGGGAACUCGAAGAUGAGAAGAAGAAGAAGAUGGAAGAAGAAGAGAAGAUCUCGGAAGAAGAGGUGGCUGCUAGGAAGCAAGCUCAAGGUUGAUUAGGUAAAAUUUUCAUGGUUUCUUGUUUAUGGGAAUGAAUUUCAAAUUAUUGGAAAUUUGGGAAUACAAUUAGGAACAGAGGAAUAUUUCGUUUUUUUUAGAUUCGUAACUUAUAUGAUCGAAACCAUUGAUGGUUUAAGUUUCUUUCUCUAAUGAAUCUGCCACUUUUGUAUGCGAAUAAGUUGAUUGAUUGAAGUCAUCUGAAUGAAUACUCCCUUCUUUUUAUAUGAAUCGAGAGAGAAUUUGCUCUUUAAUGGUCA